CGUCGCGGCCCGCACUCAUUGGACUGGAGCGUGCUGUGGGUGCGGCGGAGCUCCGCGGUCUGAACGCGCGGCUAUCCAGAUGCUCUCGCUAUUAGUUCCUUUUGCUGUAGUCUAAUAGACCCUCUAGCCGAGGUGUACACCAAGGGGCUACCAGCCCGCCCCUUCCCGCACAGCCUGUCGUGAGUUGCCUGCGGAGCCCGGAAGAGCUCCUGACGCACCAGAAAGGCGCGGGAUUGAGUGGCCGAAAAACAACGUAAAAUUCUAGAGUCUUGGAUAUGGACCUUCUUCAGUUCCUGGCCAUCCUCUUUGUCCUGUUUCUGUCUGGAAGAGGGGCCAUAGGCACCCCAAGGACCUCCAUGGACCUCAGCCUGGAGAUUUACAAGAAGAUGUUUGAGGUGAAGCGGCGAGAGCAGCUUUCAGCACUGAAGAACUUGGUACAACUGAAUGAUGUCCAUCAGCAGUACAAGAUCCUGGAUGUCAUGCUCAAGGGGCUCUUUAAGGUGCUGGAGGACUCUCGGAUAGUGCUUCUUGCUGCUGAUGUGCUUCCAGAUGGACCGUUUCCCCAGGAUGAGAAGCUGAAGGAUGCUUUCUCUCAUGUGGUGGAGAAUACAGUCUUCUUUGGGGAUGUGGUGCUGCGCUUCCCAAGAAUUGUGCACCACUACUUUGACCACAACUCCAACUGGAACCUCCUCAUCCGCUGGGGCAUCAGCUUCUGUAACCAGACAGGUGUCUUUGACCAGGGACCCCACUCACCCAUCCUUAACCUGAUGGCCCAGGAGCUGGGUAUCAGUGAGAAAGACUCCAACUUCCAGAACCCAUUUAAAAUAGACCGAACAGAGUUCAUUCCCAGCACCGACCCUUUCCAGAAAGCCCUGAGAGAAGAAGAAAAACGCAGGAAGAAAGAGGAAAAGCGGAAAGAAAUUCGCAAAGGCCCUAGGAUCUCCCGGUCCCAUUCUGAGUUGUAGCCCUGGAGCAGCUCAGGGACCAAGGGGCCAGCCAGCAAGAGGCUCAGGUGGAAGACGUGCCAUAUGGCACUGCUGUGGCAGCAUUCACCAUGGUGGUGAGCACUAGACCCUUCCAAAUGGGGCACCACAUUUUCUGGGUCCUCAGGAGCUGGAGACUGAAGCUCGGGAGCUGGAUUUCCUUCCAGAGCCUGUCUGGAGGGGACACCGAAGAGACCUUUAGAAGACACCGUGCUGCAGGCAGGACCCUACAGAGACUGCUGGGGAGGAAGGAGGGCAUCCUGGUGUGUUAGGGCCACUGGUUGGCUGCUGCCACUCUUUCGAAAAGCAGCAGAACCGGGCUCUGAGUUACAGGUGAAAGGUGCCAUGCCUACAGCUGGUCCCACUGUGUCACUGAGUGCUCAGCAGCUCAGGUCCCAGCCCUUCUUCAGAAACAAUAAAAGCCAGCAAACCCAUUGAGUCCACCAAAGCUCACAAGGGGCCGUAAGGGAAGCAGGAGCCUCAGGGGUGUCCAGUGCAGUUUGGAGGAUGUUCCUGGCUUAUCCAGAGGAGCCCAGGCUUGGUGGGGGAGAGAAGCAGGAGUUUGGCCUGGACCUCCUCUUCCCUCCGCACCACCCUUGACCAGGGAUUGGCCUUGAAAGAGGGCCUGGAAGUGUCCCCUGGGAGGGUGUUCAGUCAUCCAAGGAGACCUUGGAGCAGUGCAAUCCCUGUGCUUAGAUAGCUGGGGAUAGUCACUGAGCAUGCAGGAAGCAGUCAGCUCUGGCAAGGCUGGAAGACCCUUGACCUGUGCGGGCCAGCUGCAGGAGGUGUACUCUGCACGUUCUGUAUGCUGUAACGACAGGGCUGCCCUGAGCCAAUUUGGUCAGGUAGUGAGUUCCCUGUCUCAGGAGUAAUUCAAGAGGAGUCUCCCAGUCCAGGGUAGGGAAGGUGCAGAAAGGGUUAAGGCCCAGGGGGGUAGCCUAGUUUCUAUGACUGCCUUCCCCCACAUUGGAGAGAGGACUGUGGCCUUUCAGUCCAGCCCUUCCUAAAUAGAGGGAGGGGCUUCAGCAGGAAUUCUACCUCGAAUUAUCAAGCCAGGGUCUGCCUCUUAAAGGGGCAGAGGCACACAUUCAUCCCCAGUCCCCUCCAUACUUGGCCUCCUGCCCCUGGUAAUGGGCAAGUAAAACCUAAGCCUUAGCCUGUCAGACUUAGACCUUGAACUGUCCCAUCCUUUCCCUGUGCCUGUAGCUUCAGUGGCAAAAGAACUUGAUAUCUGAACUCUGCCCAGCCCUAAUCUACUUUUUCGUGUGUACCCCCACCCUUGGUACUGGGGACUGAACCCUGGGCCUUUGCCCUGAGUUACUUCUCCAUCCUUUUUUA